AUGAAAUUAAUAAUUCAACUAAUAAUUUUAAUUUUAACAAUUAAACAAUGUUUGGCAUUUGAAAAAUUAUUUGUAAAUUUAGUACCAUACCAAACAUCAAGUUGUUCAAAAGGUGGUGCCCAAUCAAGUGGUAUUGGUUUUAGUGGAAUUAUUGAUACAUGUUUAACAAUUGAUGCUUUAAGUAAUUUUAAAUUUACUGUGGGUUCAAAUAAAAUGAUUACUUGGUCAACUUAUAAAGCAAAGAAUGUUUCAGAAGUAACUUGUACAACUGAUAAUCAAGUUUCAUCAACAACUACUCCAAUAGGUUCAUGUGUUGCUAGUAAAUCAUUUGAUAUUGAUUCUGAUCUUAUGCCAGUUAAUCCAUUCUUUUAUGAAGUUUCAGUAUCUGUUACUCCAUUAAUUCAAGAUAAUUCAGUUGUUAAUAUGUUUAUGAGUGGUGAAAGUUGUACUUCAGAUAAUGCUUUAAUUGUUGAAUAUAUUACCGUUGGUACAUUUGUAUUAUCUCAACAAGAUAGUGGUAUAUUUGAAUAUAUUUGUUCGAAUGGUGUACCUGAAAUUGUUGCUUGUGAUUCACAUAAAAAAAAUUGUAAAGCUCCAACCAAUGCUGCAUUGGACUGUUAUAAUAUUUCCCCAUUCUUUAAUGGUUCAUCAUUUGAAUUACCAUGUUCUUCUGGUUCACAACAAGGUUCAGAAAGUUGUGCACCUUUACCUUUUUCAGGUUCUAGUGCUGGUGCUAGUUCGGGUGCAGUAUCAAGUGGCUCAGGUUUUUCAUCUGGUUUUGUUUCACCAUCAAUGAAAACAUCUGGUUCAACAGGUGCAUAUACCAAUUAUAUUGCUAAUAGUGAUACAACUACUGGAAAUAGUUAUCAAGAAUAUAAUAAUUUAAAUUCAAUGAAUCCAAUUGUUUUGUCCUAUUUAACAACUUAUUGUUCAAGCAAUGGUCUUGAUUCACUAAAAUCACCAAAAUCAUCUUUAUCAUUAACUAGGCCUAGUUACUGA